CUUUCAACCUGCGCCACUCUCUCUGCCAUGGCGUCCGUAAUGUAUCUCAUGAAGGAGGGGACAUCAUAGCAGCGCAUACCUUCUUGAUUCUCUGAAGUUUGUGUCGUGCGUUUCCUACAUUCAUCCUUGAAUACAAAUAUUCCGUGAACCGGCCAUGACCGUGGAGCAGAAUGUCCUCCAGCAGCAUUCUCAGAAGCAUCAGCAGACGCUACUAAACCAGUUGAGAGAAGUUACAGGCACUACAGAUGUUCAGUUGCUUCAACAAGCCCUUCAGGUGAGCAAUGGAGACCUUGCGGAGGCCGUUGCUUUUCUAACGGAGAAGAACGCCAAAGUUCCUCAGCAACAAGAUGAGACGACCUACUACCAGACGUCUCAGGUGGCUGGUGACAGGUACAUCAGCGUGGGAAGCCAAGCAGACACAAAUGUGAUUGAUCUCACUGGGGAUGACAAAGAUGACCUCCAGAGGGCCAUCGCGCUCAGCCUGGAGGAGUCAAAUCGGGCAUUCAGGGAGACGGGCAUCACAGAUGAGGAGCAGGCCAUAAGCAGAGUUUUAGAGGCCAGCAUUGCAGAAAACAAGGCAAGCCUGAAGCGCACCCACACAGAGGUAUGGAGUGAUUCUCCAAAUCCACACGACAGGAAGAGGAUCGACAACUGCCCCGUGGGGUUGAAAAAUGUUGGCAAUACCUGCUGGUUCAGUGCAGUUAUACAGUCCUUGUUCAACUUAUUGGAGUUCCAAAGGCUGGUCCUCCACUACUCUCCUCCAGCCAGAGUCCAAGACCUGCCUCGCAACCAGAAGGAACAUAGAAACCUACCAUUCAUGCAAGAGUUGAGAAACCUCUUCUCUCUGAUGGUGGGCUCUAAGAGGAAAUAUGUAGAUCCUUCACGGGCGGUGGAAAUCCUGAAAGAUGCUUUUAAGUCCAGUGAGUUGCAGCAGCAGGAUGUGAGCGAGUUUACUCAUAAGCUGCUGGACUGGCUUGAAGAUGCCUUUCAGAUGAAGGCUGAAGAAGACAGGGAGGGUGAGAAGCCGAAGAAUCCGAUGGUAGAACUGUUCUAUGGACGGUUCCUUGCUGUUGGUGUCCUCGAAGGCAAAAAGUUUGAGAACACGGAGAUGUUUGGGCAGUACCCGCUGCAGGUGAAUGGGUUCAAGGACCUUCAUGAGUGUCUGGAGGCCGCCAUGAUAGAGGGGGAGAUUGAGUCGCUCCACUCAGCAGAAAACUCAGCCCGGUCUGGACAAGAGCACUGGUUCACAGAACUCCCACCGGUCUUGACAUUUGAACUCUCCAGAUUUGAGUUCAACCAGGCCCUGGGACGUCCAGAGAAGAUUCAUAACAAACUUGAGUUUCCCUCUAUGCUGUACAUGGACAGAUAUAUGGACAGGAACAGGGAAAUAACCAGAAUCAAGAGGGAGGAGAUCAGAAGGCUGAAGGAGCACCUUACAUUACUCCAACAACGACUAGAGAGGUAUCUGAGUUAUGGUUCUGGCCCCAAGAGGUUUCCUCUGGCAGAUGUUCUCCAGUACGCCAUGGAGUUUGCCUCCAGUAAGCCCGUGUGCACCUCCCCUGUGGACGACAUUGAUUCUUCUGCUGCCCCUGGAGGUGCAACUAGUCAGCAGUUGCCCCCACCAAGCACAACGGAGCAGGACUCUGUGGCUCCACUUGAAAGCAUGUGUCCUGCUGCAUCAUCAGGCUCCACAGGGGGACAGCAAAGAGUGCCCAUUCAUAAACCCUUUACUCAGUCGCGGUUACCUCCGGAUCUCCCAAUGCACCCGGCUCCGCGCCACAUCACAGAGGAGGAGCUGAGGGUGCUUGAAAGCUGUUUACACCGAUGGAGGAGUGAAGUGGAGAAUGACACUCGUGAUCUGCAGGGCAGUAUUACCAGAAUCCACAGAACCAUUGAGUUAAUGUACUCUGACAAAUCUAUGAUGCAGGUCCCAUACCGGCUCCAUGCUGUUCUUGUGCAUGAGGGCCAGGCCAAUGCAGGCCACUACUGGGCUUACAUCUAUGACCCCCAUCAGCGCUGCUGGAUGAAGUACAAUGACAUUUCUGUCACCAAGUCAUCCUGGGAAGAGCUUGUGAGGGACUCGUUUGGAGGCUACCGCAAUGCCAGUGCCUACUGCCUCAUGUACAUCAAUGACAAGAAGCCCUUCCUAAUAGAAGAGGAGUUUGAUAAAGAAACAGGUCAGAUACUCAGUGGUUUGGAUAAACUCCCUCCAGACUUGAAACAGUACGUGAAGGAGGACAAUGAGUUGUUUGACAAGGAGAUUAUGGAGUGGGAUGCCCUGCAGGCCCGCAAGGCUCAGCAGGAGAAACUGGCUCUGGCAACAGCUGCUGCGGCUGCUGCUGCUUCAGCCGCAUCCAGCACCUCCACCUCCUCUUCCUCCCCUCAGCCAAUGAGCAUCGAGUCCAGCACCCCAGACAACACAGUUCCUCAACAGGAUCCUGAGUACAUGGAACAGCCUUCGCCUACCAAUGACUCUAAGCACCUGCAGGAGGACACAGAGAGGGCCAUUUCCAAAGCUGUAGCUGAGCAGGAAGAAAGAAGCCCUGAAGCAUUACUAAAUGCUUCUCCUCACUCUCCCUCCUCCCUUCAGCCUGAGGCCAGCCCCCCCUCGGCCCCCUCCCCUGACCUGGUCAAAGAGGAUCAGAGCCCUGGCCAGCGCACAGUAGAGGUGGCCAUCCCUCAUGUUGGAACCUUUGUCAUACAGGCAGAGGAAGGGGGAUAUGAUGACGAGGCUAUGAUGACCCCGAACAUGCAGGGUAUAAUUAUGGCCAUUGGCAAAUCCGGCAGCGUAUAUGAAAAGAAUGGGCCAGAGGCGGCCUUUUUUAAGGCCAUCAAGCUGGAAUACGCUCGACUUCUGCGGUUUGCUCAAGAGGACACUUCUCCAGAGAAUGACUACCGAAUACAGCACAUUAUCGUCUACUUCAUUCAAAACCAGGCUCCUAAGAAGAUUCUCGAAAGAACUCUUCUCACACAGUUUGCAGACAGGAACCUGGCUUUUGAUGAGAGAUGUAAGAGCAUUAUGAACGUGGCACGUGCCAAGCUGGACCUCAUCAAGCCUGAGGAGGUCAACAUGGAUGAAUAUGAGAUCUGGCAUCAGGACUACAGAAAUUUCCGUGAGACGACCAUCUUAAUGACGAUUGGAUUGGAGCUUUUUCAAAAGACAAACUAUGUGGAGUCUCUGAUGUAUUUGAUAUAUGCGUACCAGUACAACAAAGAGCUUCUGACUAAAGGACUGUACAGGGGGCAUGAUGAGGAGCUCCUGGGACAUUACAGACGAGAGUGUUUGUUGAAACUAAACGAGCAAGCGGCGGCCAUGUUCGAGUCUGGAGAGGAGCCUGACGUGAGCACAGGUCUGGGGGUCAUGAAUGAACUGGUGGUGCCCUGUAUUCCUCUGCUCCUGGACGCGGAGAGGGACCUGCUUGCCGUGGAGGACAUGCGCAACCGAUGGUGCUCUUACCUGGGCCAGGAGAUGGAAGCGAACCUCCAGGAGAAGCUCACAGACUUCCUCCCCAAGUUACUGGACUGCUCCACGGAGAUCAAAAGCUUCCAUGACCCCCCGAAGGUCCCCAGCUACUCAGCCCUCGAGCUGUUUGAACGCUUCAGCCGCAUAAUGUCCGUCAUGGGGAGGGUGCCCAGCGAAGGCAGAUGAACUUUGAGGAAAUUUUUCCCCAAUGACAACGGCCCCAAUCCAUGGACCUGUUUAAUUCACGCCUUCCUCCAGUAUCCAGGAUCUGCUUUUAGCUCUAUUCCUCUGUUACUAUUUUGCUGCUAUAGUUUUUAUCAUUAUGGUUAUGAGUUCACUGUUAUUUUAAACUAAACAAGAGGUGGAAAUGGACUGAUGGAAAAUGACCUGAGGGACACUAUAUUUCAGAAUGGUGGCAAUUUUACAGUAAAAGAAACCACACAGAUUAUUACAGCUUUGCAAAAAAUCAGUUGAAGUUUUUCAUAGUUCAUUGUAGUUGUUUGGUUAAAGCUUCUACCCCAGCCCAGUUCAUGGUCCCUCUCCCUGUGAACAGUUACCCCUCUGCUCUGCCUCCAGUUUGGUACAGUAUUACCAUGUUUUGCUUUAUUUUUCUAAGCAAGUAUGAAAAGAGAGCCCUCAGAUUGUCAGCGGCUCAGAGUAUCUCAAAUGGGUCUCACGUCUCUAGACUGUGCCAGAGUGAGAUGUUUUAAGUGCUGUGGUAGACGGCCAUGGACGUCCUGUGGCUUGUUAAUAACUCGAGAGAAUAAAGUUUUAUUUAUGGCUCUUUAGGCCAACUUAA